CCUGCAACUCCGCAGAAAGAGAACAUAUGUUGGAGACCCGGCAGAUACGGAGCAGACGAAGUAGACAAAGAGGACUUUUGACUGGACUUAUUCUCUUAUCUUGGAUUGCAUUUUUUACAAGAAACUUGGAUCUUUAUGCGUUUUAAAUUUCAAAACUGAAGUGUAUGAGAGCGAAAGUUUUAAAACAAUCAUAGACAUGGUUGGAUCCUUUGCUUUGAGUUCUACCACCCUGCCUCUUGUCCUUUCUCAUUAUCUGUACCUCCACUGUCUGGUUUGGGCCGCAAUGGACACCUGCUAUGAUGAGAAUGGGGUCCCCAGCCGUUGCAUGCCAAAGUUUGAGAACAUUGCCUUCAAUCGCACUGUUUUGGUAUCAAACGUGUGUGGUUCCACGCCGGAGGACUACUGCAUGCAGACCGGCUCAACGCGCUCGUGUCACUACUGUGACGCAUCAGACCCUGAGCUGAACCACAAUGCCAGCCUCCUGACAGACUUUAACAGGAAUGAGGAGCCCACAUGGUGGCAAAGUCAGUCCAUGUACUACGGCAUCCAGUAUCCCAAUUCUGUCAACAUUACCCUCCAACUCGGCAAAGCCUUUGAGAUAACAUACAUUCGCUUGAAGUUCUACACCAGCCGGCCGGAGAGUUUUGCCAUUUACAAACGCACAGAGAAGGAUGGGCCAUGGUUACCUUACCAGUAUUACAGUGCCUCCUGUGGGAAGACAUAUAGGAGGAUUACCAAAGGUUAUAUUCGCCCCGGAGAUGAUGAAAGGACCGCAUUAUGUACGGACGAGUUCAGCGAUAUCUCCCCUCUCACUGGAGGAAAUGUUGCUUUUUCUACCCUAGAAGGUCGGCCCAGUGCCUACAACUUUGACCAAAGCCUGGCUCUGCAGGAAUGGGUGACAGCCACUGACCUGCUCAUCUCUUUGGACAGGCUGAACACCUUUGGGGACGAGUUUUUUAAGGAUCCUAAAGUGCUGCGCUCGUAUUUUUAUGCCAUCUCAGAUUUUUCCGUGGGUGGGAGAUGCAAAUGCAACGGCCAUGCCAGUGAGUGCGUGGAGGGGGAUCAGGGUGGCCUGGUGUGUGCCUGCCAACAUCACACAGUGGGAGCCGACUGCCAGCGAUGUCACCCCUUUUACCAGGACAGACCUUGGGCCAGGGCCACUGGGGAUUCCGCCAACGAGUGUUUGAAGUGUAACUGCAGUGGGAGAUCAGAUGAAUGCGUGUUUGACAUGGAGCAGUACAGGAGCACCGGCAGUGGGGGGCGUUGUGUGAGCUGCAGAGACAACACUGAUGGGCCCCACUGUGAAAGCUGCAAGGAAAACCACUACAGGAAGGUUCCAGAAAAUUCCUGCCUACCCUGUCAUUGUAAUGUCAACGGCUCAAUGAGUUUGCAGUGUGAUGCAGAAGGAAGGUGUCCGUGUCGAGUUGGCGUGACAGGGGAGAAGUGCGACACGUGUCAGGCUGGCUUUCACUCACUGGGUCCUGGAGGCUGUAGGCCAUGUGAGUGCGACCCCAGCGGGAGUGUGGAUCACUGCUCGCCUCUGGAUGGCCAAUGCUACUGUAAACCAAACGUGGAAGGGCAGAGCUGUAAUAGAUGCAAGCCAGGAUUUUUCAACAUGCAAAGAGAACACCCAGCAGGCUGCCAGUCGUGUUUCUGCUUUGGUCACUCACUCGCCUGCUACUCAUCCAGUCACUAUGGUGCCAUUGACAUCACCUCAGACUUUAUUGAAGACCAGGAUGGUUGGUUGGGAGAGUUCUCCGGAGGCCUGGAGUACCCCCUGCUGUGGAAGGAAGGUGAAGUCUACCUGCUGCCUCUUAAUGAGGAAGAUACUGGUUUCUACAGAGCCCCCGAGAAAUUCCUGGGUCGCAAAGUCAACAGCUACGGCCAGCUCCUCUCCAUCACCUUCACCUCUGAAACCUCGGAGCUGCUCCCUGACCGCGUCACGCUACUCCUCCAAGGAUCUGGAAUCACCCUGUCGGCAGACCUUUCCUACCAUCCCCGCUCCGACCACGACCCCAACCUCACCCCGCUGCGCUCCUUCAUUGUCAGGCUCCAUGAAUACGAGACGAGAUUCGAGCCUCGUCUGUCUGCCUUUGAGUUCCAGCGACUGCUUUACAACCUGACAGCACUGAAAAUUAGCAAUGCUGGGGGACACAACUACACAUCACAGCUUGCGGGCGUAACCCUGACCUCCGCUUCCAUCUCCUCCAGUCCGGCCAGUGCUCCCGCUCCGUGGGUGGAAACCUGCUCGUGUCCUCGGGGCUUUGAAGGCGAGUUUUGCGAGCGGUGCGUCCCGGGAUUCACCAGGGAAGACCCCAGUAGAGGGCCUUUCUCAACGUGUGUGCCGUGCAACUGCCACCAGCAUGGGACCUGUCAUCCAGAAACAGGGGUGUGUGAGUGCUCGGACUUCACCGCCGGGACGACCUGCGAGCGCUGCCAGGAGGGUUACUAUGGCAACGCUUUGACUGGCACACCUGGUGACUGUCAGGCCUGCCCUUGCCCAGGCCGCAGCAGCUGCGCCCAGAUCCCGGAGACCGGACAGGUGGUCUGCACCGACUGCCCUGCAGGACAGACAGGCCUGCGCUGUCAGAUUUGUGAAGACGGCUACUACGGCGACCCCCUGGGAACGCUGGGGACGUCUCGGCCCUGCACGAGGUGCACCUGCAACGGAAACGUGGACUUGAAUGCUGUGGGAGUCUGUGACCACGUCACCGGCCGAUGCCUGAAGUGCCUUGGCCACACAGAGGGCGACCAGUGCCAAAGCUGUCAGCGAGGUUUUUAUGGCGACGCCCUGAGCCAAACGGCCAGAGAGAAGUGCAGGCCGUGCAGCUGCAAUGCUGCGGGAACCGCCGGACCUGUUGACGAAUGCCACCCCACGACAGGGAACUGCCGGUGCCUCAGUCAUGUGUCCGGCCGGGACUGCAGUCACUGUGAAGUCGGCUUUUUCAACCCUCGGCCUGGCGUUGGAUGCGAAAGGUGUAAAUGCAACCCAGUCGGCUCGCUGUCAAUGGCCUGCCAUCCAGUCACCGGGGAGUGUGUGUGUCGCCCAGGAGUGGCGGGGACCUUGUGUGGCUCUUGCCGUGCCGGCUUUUUUGGAUUCUCCACACGAGGCUGCAUUGCCUGUAACUGUGACCCGAUGGGCUCCGCUUCCAUGCAGUGCCGCAGCAACGGCACCUGCCAGUGUCGCCGGGGCUUCGUGGGUCACAAGUGCGACAAAUGCGAGCUGAAUUAUUUCCACAACCGAGCCACUCACCAGUGUGAGGAAUGUCCCGUUUGCUAUGGCCUUGUCAAAAAGCAGGCCGAAAAGCUUCAGACUCGCCUGCAGGAUUUGGAGAAGCUCCUGGCUCACUUUGAUUGCCGAGGUAGAUUUGGGAAGCGGUACCACCCACUGAAGUACAGCUCGGCGGGGCUUUAUGAGGGGGAGCACCAGAGGGAGGAUACUUUUCCCAACGCACUGGAGGAUUUUCUGGCCUUCCAAGAGGCACGGGAGGCCUUCAUAAAGCAAUUUUCCUUGCUUGAAGCUUCGGCAGGAGCACUUUCGGCUCAGCUGCACGGCAUUACAUUGGCUUUGAACUGCAGCAUCAGCAUGACGGAGGAAGAGGACCGGGAAGAGGGGAAGGAUGGGAGCAAUGAUGAGAAAAAUAGAAGAGGGUGUCAAACCUUCACUAAAAUCCUGCUGAUGAUCAGGGCAUCCGCGGAUCAGCUGAAGCAGGCAACGCUGGACCUGGACAACGUGAUCAUUUCUUUUGAAGCCAUGUCAGCGCCUAACAAAUGGAGCGUAAUGGUCAACGACUCGCAGGUCCUAAUGAAAAGUCACCGACAAACGGCGGACCACAUUGAGGCCAUAGCCAGCAGGGCGGUACGUGAGUCAAAGCAGGCUUUCAGUCUCCUGAUGGAUCUACUGCAGGACAACUCCACAGAGGAGUACAUCAGGAAUCUGACGGAGCAAAUAACACGAAUGCAGCAGCAGAAGAAAAACCUCACCGCACUGCUAAAUAUUACCAUAGCUGAACAUCUGGACCUGGAGAAGAGAGAUGCUACUUUAAAGCUCGCCCUGGGUAACAUCACAUCAUCCUUACAUCAGCUGACUCUGGAUGAAAGCGCAACAUCAGACAUUGACCAAACAGAGCUCAACCAAACACAUCCGGACAACUACACUACGCAGUUGAGUGAGGAACUUUUGGAAAAGGCAGAAGAACUGGACCAACAAAUUCAGACCAAAGAAGAUCUCAUCAGUAACAUCAGCAUGGAGAUUGAGUCAGUAAAACGGACAGCCGAGGAAAACUUUGAAAAAGACGACACAAUAAAAAUGAUGCACGGGCAGCUUCAAGAGGCAAACACUAUGGCUUUGACAUCUGUGGUGAUGGGGAAAGAAGUGGAGUCAGAGGCCAUCACCUUGCACAGAAAAGUAGAAAACAUGGUGAAAGAGUGGCCCCGCCAGCAGGCUCAGACCAAGGCUGCGUUGAAGAAGCAAAGACCCUUGGAAGAAAAAGUCCUGCCUGAGGUCAGGAAGAGGGUCAAGCAAAUUGAGAAGAUGCUAGAACCUGCGAGGGAAAAUGCCACCCUCACAAAAAACACCACACAGGAGGCAGAACAAACAGCAUAUGAUGUGGCUAAGGGAUCCAAAGCCACUCUGACUCAGGCCAAGCAUACCAGGACUGCAGCUUCUCACCUUAACUCACAGAUAGACUCUGUUUUAAAGCAGCUGUCAGAGCAAGAAAUACGAACAGAGGAAGCAAACUCAAAGAUCCCACCAGAGCCUGAGGUGUCUCUUACCAGCAUUAAGCGUGACAUGGAAGCAGCUAAACUCCAGUUGGAGGCAUACUCUGUUACGCUGAGUGAACUACUCAGCAAAAUUGACGCUAGCGUCCCACUGGAGCGAUUUGAUCGGAUCCUAAACGAGACGGAACGCCGUCUGAGCAUGCUGCGUGGGAGUGUGGAGAGCCCGGCGCUGGGAUCCAAGAUCCAGAAGCUGCAUUCUGCUGCUAAAGAACAGCAGAGCCGCGUGUCCCUCAUCGAGCAGGACAUCCAGGAGAUAAGGGAGGAGAGAGACAGUCUCAGGGACAUUGCCGUGAACCUGCCUCAGUCCUGCCCCCAGGCAUUAGGAGACGGCAAAGCCUAGGAAUGGGAGACGAUGAGGAUUGCAACAUCUGUAAAGCAACCAAACAUCAGAAAAGGUCUGGGAGGACGUUUUGAUAAAAGGAGCCCUGGUCAUAUUUUAUUUCAGCUUCAAAAAUUCACUGAUAUCUUCUCACAUUUUUCCCUCUGUUGCCCUAAGCUACAAUUCAUUUUCCCAUCACUGAACGAAGACACACACAGUUUAGCCAAAUGCCUCCGAGCUCUCCUCUGUCUCCAGUGAUUCAUACCUGAUUCUCCUCCUUCGACUUGAUGUUUUUCUUUCUCGCUCUCUCUCUCCAUUUCACUUCUCCAAUCUCUUUUUAUUUUCUUUUUUUUUUUCCACCCACAUUAUCAGAAUUUCAAUUUCCUUGUGAAUGAUAAUAACCAGCCACCGUGAGCUGCCAGGGAGCAUCCACCCGUUUUGAGAGACUGUUGACUUUCCUUUGUGGGGUUUAAAAGGUGUGUCUGAGCACUCCUUCAGACUGACACCUUCAUUUACACUUCAGGUCUUCUUUCAUCAGUGCUUCUUAAUUAACAAUUAGCCAUCUUGGCCCCAGCGGGAUUCAGGUCAGGCUUUUAGCAACACACAGCGUGGCUUUUUGGGAUUCUCACGGUGCCUACCUGCCUGUUUUUGUUUUUCUCCUUUACUGAGUUACUAUCAAGUUGUCGAGCCGCCUCGUGUCUUGGGGGUCACUGAUGGUGAGUACGGGUGGCUCCCUCUCUUCAAAAUGAUCCUUAACCGACGUACCUAAUGAACAGGCAUAGGCUGGUAUCACGGUAACUAUACAAACAUUUUGAACAAAACUGGAUACCCUGUUUUACUAAUUACCACAACUGUAAACACAAUGUAGGGGUCUGAUGUUACGUUCAUCUGAAGAUACAAGACGAUACACGAAAUCUGGUUCACGAGGAAUAGUAAAGAGUGAAGGUUUCACAGAUCGCAAAUUGUGUUUUGAAAGAAUCUGUAAUCCCCCUUGAGUGUCCAUGUUUUUUCACAAGCUAACCUAUUUCCAAACAACUGAAUUUCUCUUUCUUUCAAAAGAGAAGCUAUAGGAGGAGUCUUAACUGUGCAAGUUGACCAGGAGUGUUCUGCAACAGGUGGGGGAGGGGUAGCAACUUGACACUCCUUUGGGUGUCUCAUUAAAAUCCCCAUAAACUGCAGAAAUUGUGUUUUUGGCCUUUUAAAACUGGUACCUUUUUAAAGCCCAGAUCUAACUUGAUGCCAUAACCAGCCCACGCCUGUUCAUGAAUCAGUGGUCACCAGGAGUCACAUUGUACUUCAUUUAUAAAAGGUUAAUGUGAUAUGAACUCAGUAGCAUUUCUGCAAAGACUUUUAAAUAUCACAAAUAUACUUUCAAUGUUUUAGCCCUGCCAAUAGCAAAAAAUACACUGCAUAAUGGAAAGGGUGCCUCUGUUUAAUGUAUCUAUUGUUAAAAGACCAUUAAGUACACUGUGUGACAUCAUGAGAAGGGUUCAUUUUACAUCGCAGAAGAAAUGUGUUAAACUGCAAAUCCACAUAAUAAAGUUU